UUCAACAGUACGGACGUCCCUCGAAACAGGAAGGCCAGCGGAUCUCCAGUCAGUGCCCGGAACAGGUUCUGUGUCGCGGAGUUUGUGCGGGUGCUAGCACGUGAUAGAAAGAGAGAGAGAGAGAGAGAGAAAGAUUCGUGGGUGUACUUUCGGAAUAACGUGGUGUCCAGUUCACCGUGAUCGCAUCGCUCAACAACACCAGCGGAAGGAUGAUGGAGAAGGAACCGGAUUCGAUUGCCGUCACGAUGAAGCAGGACUACGCGGCUAGCGAGGUGUACAGCACCACCAGUGAGGCCCCACCCGCCUACAAGAUGCGCCAGGCGAACUCGGUGAAGAUCGCCAAGAUCAUCGCGAUCACCGUGGUGCUGUCGUCCUUCAUUCUGGGCUCGUUCAUCCUGGCCUCGUCGUACCUGCAGGCGAAGCAAUCCUGCGACCAGAUGCAGGCCCUCGAUGCCGUCCUCAACAAGGAGCUGAUGCUGGAAGCGAUGCAGCAGGAGCUCCCGAAGGCGCAGGCGUUGGUGCAGGACAACCUGUCGGCCGAUGAAGCCAACAUGCAGACGAUCGAUCGCGACGACGCCAAGAAGCGCAAGCAGGAGGAAAGCACCCACCAGCGCAAGGAGGAAUCGGACGAGUCGAACGAUUCGGAGGACGACGACGAAUCGUCGAACGAUGGCGAAAUCGAUGAGUCGGCCGACAUGAACAACCACAUCCACGUGAAGCUUCCGCUGGACCUGCAUCUGACCGAUCUGGCUAACGCUAUCCUUCGGGAGAACCAGAAGUCCCGCAUGAACUGCAUCGUUGAGCGACGCCGUUCGGAGGAAAUGGUCGACACGCCCGCCAAGAUGAUGCGUCUUCCGUUCGGAAUGGACAUGGCCACCGACCCGAAGCAGCAGAAGGUUACCGGUGAGCGUAUCGCUAUCUUCUGUGAAUCGGGAAACGAGCUGAACAGGAAUGAGGAGCCUGAGCCGACCAUCCGUCAGGUACUGAUUCCGAUUCCGCCCGUCCGUGGAUUCGGUCCAAUCACUCACCUUCCGCAGCAGAUGGGCGGCCCGCAGCAGACCAUCAUCCGUCAGAUGCCGCGACCACUGUUCCCGCUGCCCAUGAUGAACCCGCAGCAUGCCCAGCAGCACCAGCCGCAGCUGCCGCCGAUUCCGGCCCAGAUGAUGCAGGCACCGCAUCCCGACGCCCCGAUGGGUCGGCCGAACUUCCAUCCGCUCAUGCAGCAGCUGCCGCACAUCAUGGGCGGCCAACCGGGUAUGCCGCGCCCCGAGUUCCGCAUCCAUCUGCAGCGCAUUCCCAUCCAGGACAUCAUGCGCCCAUUCAUGGCGCCACCGAACAUGCGCAGCCAGCCGGAACCUGAGCAGCCACCGCAGCAGCUUCAGCCGCAGCCUCCCCAACAGCCACCGCAGCACGAGGUGCAGAUCCGCGAGUUCGGCAUGCCGUCCUCCGAGGAGCUUAACAUGGACGUGGCCCAAAAGUUUACCGAGCAGCUCCGUUCGCUGAUCGCGCGCAUCGCUGAGUCGGAAGAUAGCGAGGAGGAAACGGACUCGUACCGUAACGCCCCGAACCAGGAGGGUCCUUCGCCGCAUUCGGACGAACGUGAACUGCAGGAGCAGCAGCCACCGCGCCCGACUGAGCCGGAAGCGCACCAUGAAGAGAACGCCGAGCAGCAGCAGCAGCAGCCACAAGCUGUGCCGCAGCACCCGCAACAGGUGCCGACUCCGCAGCUUCCCCAACCGGUCCCGCAGGAGAUUCUGCCGAUGGGACGGAUCCACUACGGUCGCAGCCUUCUGACGCCGAUCAGCUUGCCCGGCAAGGUGGUGGAGACUUCCGCCUCGGAGGAGGACGCCAUCCGUCCGCACUACGUCCAGCCAAGAUCGGUUUAGAGUACAAAAACGGGUAGUGACGGGGCCUGGCCAGGACUUCGUACCCGCUGAACCCUAUGGGAUUGUUUUUUUUAAAUGGGUUUCUGUGCCUACCAACCGCACGCAAACGUAAAAGUAUUGUGAUUUUAAAAAUUGAAUCUACCACACAUCUGGACACACGGACAUUGCAGGAUAACCAUCGGGAGGAGUCCGUGGUUGAACGUUGAUGAGUUGAAAAGGAUGAUGGGACAAAAUUGAACGCCGCCAAAAUCAGGACGCAACUAAAAGAAAAACACGACACCGACACCUAGAAUCUCAACAGUACGCUGACCACGUGGAAACCGUGGAAUGGCCAACGGACCGUGGUACGAUGUGGGUAGCAUGUAAAUAUACUUUGGAUUUGAGCUGCAGGAAAGAAAUGCCCGGCGAAGGGUCCGCCUCCGACGAGCAAUAGGCAAACGGGAUCAAGACACAACCGCCCGGUUCAUCAAAUCGUAUCGAAAGGUUUCCUAUUCUAAGUGAUAAGAGAACAGACACGCACGCAACACGCAGACGCAGACACGGACAUCCUUUUCUUGGGCCGGAAGUGCGAAUGCUAACCCGAUCGCAGGAUACAGCAGGCGCUGGAAGAGAGGACAGAAGGCAGUUAAGCACACGAAAUAAAGACCGAUCUAAAUCAAGUACAACUCGAACUGGUUGAUUGCGAGAAAUGCAUCCUUCGGAAAUGGUAAUGACGUGAUUUUUGCAUUGAUUGGUUUACAAUUUAUUAUUUCGUUCAACACACUAUCCUAGGGGUUAAAAAUAAAUAAAUAUUACAUAUCUACACCG